CUGCAUGGGCUUCUUCCUGUGCUGCGGCUUUUGGCUUUCAAGUAUGUUUGCUCGAAACUGGGAAAGUCGCCCAGCCUUCGCCUGUAGGUUGAACUACACCUGGGACAUCAGGCUGGAAUAAUUCAGCGACAGCAUUGCGGUAAAGAAAAAUGUCAGAAAACAUCGACGGUGUAGAUACUGCCCCGGUGUUUUGUGGGGGCUGUUUCAAAUUCAUUAUUUAUUGAGUUCACAGUGUUCUCUUUGUUUUAGCGAUACGUUAGCUGCUUCCGGAAAACAACCUUCACAGAAAAUAAAAUGAAGACAUGGAGAUAACAUUGUCGACUGGAUCAUUGUUUCACUCUCCCAGUUUGAAUGGAUUUUAGCUUUGGACAUGCAGACAUAGACUUGUGACCACACAGUUUUUAAGGAGAUAAAAGGAGUUUGAUCAUUUCCAAAGACGUUUGGACUGAUCUUCAGCUAAUGGCUACAACAGAAACCAAAGUUGCCGGCAGCAGUAGCACUCCGGGUCUGUCAUGGGCGCGGGUGUGUAAAGAGUGUGGCCAGCAGCAUGAGGGCUUGGACAGCCACCUGUAUGAGUAUCAGGAUGAGGUGGAUGAUGAACUGGUUUGCCACAUCUGCCUGCAGCCCCUCCUCAGACCUAUGGACACCCCUUGUGGCCACACAUAUUGCUUUCAUUGUCUGAGCAACUUCUUGAAAGAGCAGGACUUCUGCCCUGUGGACCGUCUGCGGCUGCAGUUACAUCAAUGCCGUCCCUCCAGUCUGCUGGUUCGGAACCUGCUGGACAAGCUGACUGUGAUGUGCCCCCACGCUGCAGAGUGUCAGCAGCAGAUGCAGCGCUGUGAACUGCAGCCUCACCUACACAACAGAUGCCCUGUUUUUAGAAGACUGAGGGAGGAAGCAGAGAAGAGGAAGAGGCCCUCGUGGAAUGAGCUAAAGGGGCGUAAGGGUGACGGGGAGUCGUCUGGUGAUGCUAAACAUUCAGCAACGCUUCCCCAACAUCCCACCAGAGAUCAACCUGAGCCUGGGUUGAUUAAUCCUGCCUAUGAAGAAAACAACACCCCCUUGCGGUCCAGUCUGGUGGCCGAGGCCAACGUGGUGGAGCUGUUCAGAGAAGAGCCCGAGGAGGAUCUGGGCCUUCGCAUCGUGGGGGGGAAAGACACACCACUAGGGAACAUAGUCAUCCAGGAGAUUGUCCGGGACUCGCUAGCAGCUCGUGAUGGCAGACUGGCCCCAGGGGACCACAUCUUAGAGGUGAAUGAUGUCAGCCUGGCUUCAGUCCCCCACGCCCGGGCCAUCACAGUGCUGCGGCAGCCUUCCCUCCUCAGGCUCACUGUUAUGCAGGAGAAAGGUUUCAAAUCAAGGGAUCCACGGUCUGAUCACCACCCUUCCUCUUGCACCACUUCCACCGCCUCCCAGCCCUCUCACAGUCCCCAUGGCAACGCUACCUCCAAUAACAACCCCGGCACAGUCCUGCAGGUGACACUGAUGAAGAGUCAGCGCACCGAACCGCUCGGCAUCAAACUCAUCCGCAAAUCUGAUGAGAGUGGGGUUUUCAUCCUGGACCUGCUGGCUGGUGGUUUGGCAGCCAAAGACGGAAAACUGAGGAACAAUGACAAGGUGUUGGCCAUCAAUGGACAUGACCUGAGGCACGGUACACCCGAGAGCGCCGCCCAGAUCAUACAGGCUGUGUUUAUUAAGGCGAGUGAGGUGCGUGUGAACUUUGUGGUGAUGAGACCUGCAGAGACUCAGGAGGAAGGAGGAAGCAGCAGAGAGGGACAACACAGCAGAGCAGCCAGGAGGGCACCUGAGAUGCAGUACUUCAGGCGCCGGUCCACCUACAUGAAGGAUCCUCCAGGUGGGUUUUCCAGCCAGGAGAAGACUGUGAGCCUGAAGAAGGAGCCUCGGCUUUCCCUGGGCAUCACUAUUGCUGGGGGGAGGGACUUUCGCAGCCGUCUGCCCGUUUACAUCACGAGUGUGCAGCCUGUCGGCUGUCUUCACCGAGAUGGCACCAUCAAAAGAGGCGACGUUCUGCUGAGCAUCAACGGUGUCGACCUAACCCAGCUGACCUACAAUGAGGCCGUUUCUGUGCUAAAGGCUCAGACAGCUCAGUCCCAGGUGACCCUCCGUGUCAUCCAGACCCUCUCCGAGGACUCGGAGGAGGACACAGAGGCUGCCAACAAGGACGAACUGGACACUGUGGACGACGCACGAGACGACGCCUUCAACUGGACACCGCUGUGGACUCGCUGGCUGGGACUACCCAGUCCCAUGCACUGGUGCCGGGACAUUGUCCUGCAGAAGACCAACAACGAGAGCUGGGGCUUCAGUAUCGUCGGCGGCUACGAGGAGAGCCACGGCCAGCAGCCUUUCUUCAUCAAAACCAUUGUGCCUGGUACACCUGCUCACUUUGAUGGACGCCUCAAGUGCGGUGAUGAGAUUGUGGCGGUGAACGGAGCCACAACAGUGGGAAUGAACAACUCCUCUCUCAUCCCCAUGCUCAAGCUGCAGAAGAAUAAAGUCACAUUGACUGUGGUGUCGUGGCCAGGGAGUCUUGUGUAGCAAAACACACCUGCCCCAUUCACUCUUUUUUCUUUCUAUCACCCUCUUUAAUUGCUUAUAGCACACACAGAUCCUCGCCCUGUUCAGCUGCAUUCUUGACUGGGCCACUCACUGUCCCUUCUAUAUGUAACUCAUAGUUAUGUUUGCAUUGUUGUUCAGUCUUUUGAUCAGUUAUGUAAUACAGAACGUGUGUGAUUAAGAACCAUCCUGUGUACAAUGGACAGGACUUUCCCAAGCAUGGUCUCAGCAGGCACCCGUUUGUUUCAGUGUCCUCUCACACUCAAAGGGCAGAUGAUUGCACAAAAUGGGUUUAAUCAGAGUGGGAGAAUGAUGACAAUCAGUGAAUUAUAUCCUAAGGACGCUGGAAGGAUGGUUUUGCUUGAACACCUUUUUCUAAAUACUUCAUGUAUUUUUUUGCUUUCCUGUUUAAAUAAUGUUAUCUUUUGUGUGAUUCACAUAAACAGCAUCCAAAGAUGAAACGUAGUUCUUACGAUAUGUGUAGACAGUUGUGAUGAAGAAUUAUAGAUGGCUACAUAUAAUGAGAUGGAUGCUGACUGUUAAGACUCAUGCCAAAGACAGAAACAUCAUCCUGUCGUGUAGCUUUUAUACCAUGUGUGAUUUUAUCAACUUUAUUUACAUUGCACUUCCGAGACGUGUAGCAGAAGCAGGAAGUCGUGAUGGAAAUUCAAGUAAAUUGAGACAAAGUGACGUUAAGGAUAACCGACUGGUUUUAACAGGGAGGUUGUUGAAUAGACCUACAGUCCCUUUUGGCGUAAACUUAACGGGAAACCUGCAUAGACCAUUUAAUCAGAAUUGCAUUGGUAGGAAACAGCUUGGGUCGAAGUUAAUUUUCCUAGGUAGCUGUUGAUAUUACAAAUUCUGCAACAGGAAAUACACUUUUAUAUUGUUUAAAACGGUGAGCUGGUCUAUAGAAGCAACUGAUUCUGUGAUGAAUGUUUGGUCUUAAUCAAACAUGUUACUCUAUAAAUAAGAAAUUCAUGUCCAUUGAGCAGUUCUCUGUAUUUAUUAUAAGAUGAUAUAAUACUGAAUGACUUUGAUAAGCGGGUGCCUUGUAGACAUUGAAGGACAAACCAGAAUGUAUACUUGACUUAAAUUUUCACUGUACAAAAAUGUGUUUUCCCCUCACUAUUUCCUCUCAUUAUAUUAUAGGAGUUUUAAAGAACGGCCUUGUUCAGAUACAUUUGUGUUACCUUGUUCUUUUUGUGUCAACACAUUCCCAGUGGCCUUUCUUGUGUCUUCAUUGAGACAAGACUUAUAAUAUAGAAUAAUUCAGAAGAGUGGCUGUGACAUACAAUAUAUACAGUAGGUAAUGUGUGUAUUAACCCGUCCACUGUUUCAUUAUGUUCAAUAAAAUCUUAACAAAUCAA